ACCUCCAACAUCCAGGUAGAGCAACAUGACAGCCAUGGAGGGUGAGUUGGAGCCUCUGGACCCGGCGCCCCCGGCGGUUUCGCAACGGCCCUGGGCCCGUGUGGCCGGCGUGUCCGUGGGUGCCUUGCUCGGCGUUGCCGCGCUGACGGCCGUGGCGGUUUCCAGCACUUGGCGGGCGCAGCCCCGCGAAGCGGACCUGGGAGCUGAAACGGUGGAGUUUUUUCGCCGAGGUGGAGAUGACCGACGCCCCGCGAAGCACCACCACAAGGAGCAGAGCGUUGACAGCGAAAGCGAAAGCGAAAGCAGCAGUGGAGGAAGCACAAGCUGCUCGGCCGUCACCUGCGCACCAUAUGGCGAAGCCAAGUCCGGUGACCACACUUGCGAUGGCGACCCCACGAGCGAUGCUUGCAUCAACAAAUGCUGCAAGGAGGUGGAGUGCUCGAGCCUGGGGAGCGGUUUCUGCAGCUCCCUGGGCCCCGACUACAGUGAGCGCAAGAUCAGCUUUUUCGAGAGGGGCUUGCCGCAGCGCACGGGCAAAUGCAGGGGCGAGGCGGAUUGUGAGGAUGCCUGCUGCCAGAACCUUUGCAGCGGCUUCACCUGCCCAAGCGGCACCUGCCCUUCGAAGUUUCCACCCACGAAGUGCACCAAGUCCGAGUGCCAGUUGCAGUGCUGCGUGCAGCAGCAGAAGUAUUGCGGCGGCGGCUUCAACGCUUACACUGCCGCCUGCUACGCCUGCGAGAGCACCGAAUCGUACUGUGAGGCCAAGCUCGGGGUGACACGCAGCGCUGUGAGCACCAAGGAGUGGAACAAGAAGGCCUUUGCGGCGGUGGAGGCUGGGACCGUGGAGCCCGGCUGCGAGAUUUCAAAGCAUUACGUGCCCACGUGCCAAUCCGAGCUCAAGUAUACCCUCACCUCGCAGUUCUCACUGCACAAGACCUCAGAGGCCGUGUCCGUGAACACGGUGGCGGUGAUUCCGGGUGGCUUCGCAGCCCUGAGUGGAGGCGACGACCAGCAGGUGUAUGAGUGGACGAUCGCGAACGGCGGGCCGCUCCACAACUUCUCGGGUGCGGCCUCGCCGGUGUUGCAGGUCGCUGCCCUGAAUGAUGCCACCUACUUCUGUGCGGCCAGCCACACCGAAGCCAUCGUAUGGCUGUUGCAGCCUCGCUAUGGCGAAGAAAUUCAGGGUCAGUCGGAGCUGCCGAUGGACACGAGGGAGGGUGCUCCACCCGUUGGAAACACGGGCUGCAUCGGCUUGAAUACAUGGGAGACGGUGCUGGUGGGCCAGAACAACAGCUUUGCAGUGAUGUGGCAUUGGAAGGCGAACCAGGCCCAGACCAUGCCAGUGGAUCCCAAACUGCCUCUGACUUGGCAGAUCUCGGCUGACGCAGGGUACAACGUAUGGCCGGCUUGGGACGUCAACGGGGACCUCCAAGCCGCGUUCGUGGACUGGCGCGUCCACCUCUUCGGGCUCGACGACGGGUACACCCGCCGCCUUCAGGAGAACAACACCGUCAAGCCCGCUCGGCGGCUUAAGCGGGCGGGGCCAGCAUCACCCUUCCUGAAUUGGUUCACCAAUCUCAGGUGGGGCGAUGUUCCACGUUGGUACUACGAGCCCGAGGGCUGGGGCAAGGUGCUGUCCCUCGUGGAGGUGCCCUCGAAUCUCUAUGUUGCCACAGGCUACGAGGAUGGCAGCAUCCGAGUUUGGUACAUCUACAACCAGAUCAUCAAAGCCGUUAUUCCAAAGGCUCACAUCGGCGGAGUCAACGCCAUGAUGGCUGCUCCGGCCGGGGACAUCAUCUACUCCGGCGGUGAUGAUGGUUGGAUUCGUUGGUGGCAGGCAGCCGAUGGCAAGCCCCUGGGCCAGAUCUACGUGGGGCACGCCGGCCGCAUCACAAGCCUGGCUAUGGUGCCAGGAGGGGGCUCCUUCUACUCGGGCCACUCGGAGGGCGAGAUCUACUUCUGGGCCACGGGCUACAAGGAUCCGCUUUGCGUGCUGGAUCCCGAAGGUGGCCAGGUGAACUCGAUUGCCGUGAAUCCUGCAGUCGUGGGCCAGAUUGUUGUCGCUUUGUCGAAUGGCCACGCGCGUGUCUAUACCCAGCGCUAAACCCGCUAAACCCAGCUGGACCGACUUCUCUCAAGAGGAGA